AAAAUGGAAAACAAGACAGGAAGACAAAAGAGCACUAACCAGGGAACAUAUGUAUACACACAUGUAGUGAGAGAGAAAAAAAAAGGGUGGUUUUUGGUUUCUCUUUUGGUUCCUUUCUUAUAUGCCAUAUUUGCAUCUGAUGCAGCAAUUCCUCUGUAACGGUUAUUAUUUUUGUGAAGGGGUUGGAGAGAAACACUGAUCAGUGACUACUGCUUGGUUGCUACUACUGAAAAUGGAUUACAGCAAUGACAACAAGUAUGGAGCCAUGGGAUUGGCAUAGGGAGGAUUAUUGUCUCCAAAGGAGUUUCAAUUAUGAAAUUUCACAAGGGAUAUGGAAUGGAGUUUCUCAAAAUGAAGAUCUUUCCUUUGUGUUCAAUGAUGAAACAACCCCAGUGAAGGCUUGUGGGGACUUUGCGUACAAUGUCAAUAAUAGUGGGUUGAUUUCAGAGUCAAAUAAUGUACAAAAGGAAUCAGACAAAUGUUUGAAGAGUUCUUACCAAAUUAAGAGAAGGCGGAUGCUACAAUUCAAUUCUCAAGAUGGGGGUCAUUUACUCUCCAAUGAACAGAUGUCUUCAGCAUAUUUGAAAGUAAGGGGGAAGGAGGAGCCAAAGGAGGAUGUUUUCCCUGAAUUUUCACAAUGGGUGUCUGGGACACCAGGAAGUGCAUCAGCUUCCAAUUAUGAGGACCUUGAGUCAGCUGAAGGGUGGCUAGCAGAUUGCUUUAAGGAUGCUGAAAUGCAAUUGUGUCCUGAUGAUUUGAAUUUUUCUGGGGCAGAUGAGGUUCAAGUUGAUGUUGCAGAUCUGGGCAACUUCCCACCAGCAUGUGAACAAAAUGUGGUUCAACAUGGCUUCACUCAAACCCCCAAAAAUAUCAUCUUCAAAGGUGGAAAAUCAUUUAUAGAAACACCCACAAAGCUAGCUGCUUCUGUGGCCUAUCCAUUUGCCUUCAUUAAACCCUGUGGUGCCCAUGGAGAUGUCACUCUGAAGGAAAUAAAUCAGCGCAUUCUGUCUCCACCACCUCCUUUGAAGUCCCAACAACAAAGUAUGGAAGAUCCAUCAGCUUACCCAAAAUCAGCAUUUUCUGGGAAGCCCGUUGUUGGAAAAACAAGAAUUCACAUUGAAGGGGGAAAAGGUAGCAUCACCAUUAUGAGAACUAAAGGCUAAGCCUUAAGUGUUCACUACUGACUUCUUCUUGGGUCUGGCUUCAUUUUCUGUAUGUAAAACACCUGGUAAUUUAUAAUUGUUAUUGCAAUUUUUGUUCUUAUUGGCAUCUAUAAAUAACACCACCUUACUACCUUAGUGUUUGUAUCCUAGGUGAGGAAUCUAGAUGACUGUGGCAUUUCUCUUGGUAGAUGUUUUUCUUUGAGCUAACUCUGCAAUGGGACUUUUGAUCAGUCCCGAUGCUUUAGCUCAUAUUAAAAACUAAUGUAACUUGCUUUAGAAUUUGAAUCUAUGAUAUAUAUGAGAAUUAACAUUUUAGUUCAAA